AUGAGGAAUGAGUUUAGGCGCUUCAAUUUGAAACGAAACGGAACGGAGUCUGUUUUAGAAAAUACACUCGGAGUGAUCAGAAUCUACGAUGCAUCUCGGCCGUCUAUUAUCGUAACUUGCUGGGUCUCUUGGACAAGGCUAACUCGGCCAAAAAGUGUUGGGGGCUUGGGAUUCAGGGAGAUAGAACAGUUUAAUGAUGCUUUGCUUGCAAAACUUGCUUGGAGAAUGCUAAAGGAACCUCAGUCCCUGCUUACCCAAAUCCUCAUGGGAAAAUACUGCAACAAUUCAUCUUUUUUGGAUUGUGUUGCUCCGGCCUCAGCAUCUCAUGGCUGGCGAAGUAUACUAGCGAGGCGGGAGGUGCUAAAGAAGGGCCUUGGCUGGAUUGUGGGAAAUGGGAAAUCGAUUCCGGUCUGGUCUCAACCAUGGCUACAACUCGACAGACCUUCAACUCCCAUAGGGCCACCAACACUAGAAAACGCUAACCUAUGUGUGGCUGACCUCCUGCUACCUAACUCCUCCGAGUGGAACGUACAAGCCAUAAGAGAGCACCUGCCUCAGUAUGAGGAGAACAUUAAGGCGAUCACCCCCAGUGACUGUAAUAUGAGCGACGAACUGGUGUGGCUAAAGGAUAAGUCGGGGACUUAUACUACAAAAUCGGGUUACGCAGUUGCCAAACUCAACACUGAGGCUGAGCCUUUUGACCAGUUUGACUGGAAGAAACGCAUCUGGCAGGUUAAUACCUCCCCAAAACUAAGACAUCUACUCUGGAAAGCUACGGCAGGAGCCUUACCCGUGGGCUCAGCGAUCCAAAACAGAGGAAUGGCCAUUGAUGCAAACUGUAAGAGAUGUGGGGAACUAGAAACAGAACUCCAUGUUUUGUUCGAAUGCCCUUUUGCUAAGAGAGUUUGGAGUCAGCUUCCAUGUAUGCACUCACCGUCCUCACGUCCACAGCUACCAAACUCAGUCAUGAACCUCAUCGAAAGCUGCAGUAAAAUUGUUAAUCUGCCCCCAACGGGUCUAAGCGACAUUCCCUUGUUCCCAUGGGUGUUUUGGACCCUAUGGACUAACAGGAAUAAGUUACUGUUUGAAAGUAAAGAUUUUUCUGUUGAAGAAACUGUUCUGAAAAUACUACAGGAUUCAAGAGCUUGGAAGGGAGCUCAAGAAUCACAGCAUAUUCCCGCAGUGCCACAGUGUGUGGAUCCUUCCCUGCUAGCGCCUAACAACCUUUUGCCUCCGCCUUCUUCUCUUUCAGGUACCAACACAUGGAGUCUUUACUCUGAUGCAGCUUGGGACUCAAAGACUGGAAGAUGUGGUAUGGGGUGGCACUUUCGAGACUACACAGACGCACCAGCAGGCAACUUCUCUUCAUACCGCCGAUCUGUCCCCUCAGCCCUUGUAGCUGAGGCCCUGGCGUUAAAGGCUGCAGUCCAAUCUGCAGUUACACGUGGUGUUGACUCCCUUAGAGUGUUCUCAGACUCCAAAAGUCUCAUCACCCUUCUGUCUACCAAGAAGAACCAUGUGUGGAUUCAAGGAAUUCUCUUUGAUAUUCACUCUCUAUCAGUCUCCUUUAGUAGUAUUUCUUUUCAUUUUAUCCCUCGAUUGGGUAAUACUCUGGCUGAUACAAUUGCUAAGUCAGCGCUACUCUCCUUAUCUAACUCUCCGGCUUGUGGAUGA